AUGGGAAAGGCAGAGAAUUAUGAACUGUACUCGGUGGAACUGGGUCCCGGCCCUGGUGGGGACAUGACAGCCAAGAUGAACAAGAAGCCAGGUGGUGGUGGAGGCAAGAAGAAAGAGAAACUGGAGAACAUGAAGAAGGAAAUGGAGAUUAAUGACCACCAGCUAUCAGUGGCAGAACUGGAACAGAAGUACCGGACCAGUGCGACCAAGGGUCUGUCUGCAAGCCUGGCAGCUGAGAUACUGAUGCGAGAUGGACCCAAUGCACUAAGGCCGCCACGGGGAACCCCAGAGUAUGUCAAGUUUGCUCGGCAACUGGCAGGUGGUCUUCAAUGCCUUAUGUGGGUGGCUGCUGCCAUCUGCCUCAUUGCCUUUGGCAUCCAGGCCAGUGAGGGUGACCUAACCACCGAUGACAAUCUCUACCUGGCACUGGCCCUCAUUGCUGUAGUGGUGGUCACUGGCUGUUUUGGUUACUAUCAGGAGUUUAAGAGCACCAACAUUAUUGCCAGCUUCAAGAACCUUGUACCCCAGCAAGCAACUGUGAUCCGAGAUGGGGACAAGUUCCAGAUCAAUGCAGACCAGCUUGUGGUAGGAGACCUGGUGGAGAUGAAAGGUGGGGAUCGAGUGCCAGCCGACAUCCGCAUCCUGGCAGCCCAGGGUUGCAAGGUGGACAACUCCUCACUGACUGGAGAGUCUGAGCCUCAGACCCGCUCACCUGAGUGUACCCACGAAAGCCCCUUGGAGACCCGCAACAUCGCCUUCUUCUCUACCAUGUGUCUUGAGGGCACAGCCCAGGGUCUGGUGGUGAGCACGGGGGACCGCACCAUUAUCGGACGCAUUGCAUCCCUGGCAUCAGGAGUGGAGAAUGAAAAGACCCCUAUUGCUAUUGAGAUUGAACACUUUGUGGACAUCAUCGCAGGCCUGGCCAUCCUCUUUGGUGCCACGUUUUUUGUGGUGGCCAUGUGCAUUGGCUACACCUUCCUUCGAGCCAUGGUCUUCUUCAUGGCCAUUGUAGUCGCCUAUGUGCCUGAAGGGUUGCUGGCCACUGUUACGGUCUGUCUGUCUUUGACCGCCAAACGGCUUGCCAGUAAGAACUGCGUGGUCAAGAACCUGGAAGCAGUAGAGACCCUGGGCUCUACAUCAGUUAUCUGCUCUGACAAGACAGGGACCCUCACCCAGAACCGCAUGACUGUGUCCCAUCUGUGGUUUGACAACCACAUCCACUCAGCGGACACCACAGAAGACCAGUCAGGACAGACAUUUGACCAGUCUUCGGAGACGUGGCGGGCUUUGUGCCGAGUGCUCACCCUGUGCAACCGAGCUGCCUUCAAGUCGGGGCAGGACGCGGUGCCGGUGCCCAAGCGCAUCGUGAUCGGGGACGCGUCCGAGACGGCGCUGCUCAAAUUCUCAGAGCUGACGCUGGGCAACGCCAUGGGCUACCGCGAGCGUUUCCCCAAAGUCUGCGAAAUCCCCUUCAACUCCACCAACAAAUUUCAGCUGUCCAUCCACACUUUGGAAGACCCCCGGGACCCGCGGCACUUGCUGGUAAUGAAGGGCGCCCCAGAGCGCGUGCUGGAGCGAUGUAGCUCAAUCCUUAUUAAGGGUCAGGAGUUGCCGCUGGACGAACAGUGGCGUGAGGCCUUCCAGACGGCCUACCUCAGCCUGGGAGGCCUGGGCGAACGUGUGCUUGGUUUCUGCCAGCUCUACCUGAAUGAGAAGGAAUACCCACCUGGUUAUGCCUUUGAUGCUGAGGCCAUGAAUUUUCCAAGUAGCAACCUCUGCUUUGCGGGCCUCGUAUCCAUGAUAGAUCCACCGCGAGCCACCGUUCCUGAUGCCGUGCUCAAGUGCCGAACAGCAGGCAUCCGGGUGAUCAUGGUGACAGGUGACCACCCCAUCACAGCCAAGGCCAUUGCAGCCAGCGUGGGCAUCAUCUCAGAAGGCAGUGAGACAGUAGAGGACAUUGCUGCCCGCCUCCGAGUGCCUGUGGACCAGGUUAACAGGAAGGAUGCCCGUGCCUGUGUGAUCAACGGCAUGCAGCUGAAGGACAUGGACCCAUCAGAGCUGGUUGAGGCGCUGCGUACCCACCCGGAGAUGGUGUUCGCCCGCACCAGCCCCCAGCAGAAGCUGGUGAUAGUAGAGAGCUGCCAGCGGCUGGGUGCAAUCGUGGCUGUGACAGGGGAUGGUGUGAAUGAUUCCCCCGCCCUAAAGAAGGCAGACAUUGGAGUGGCCAUGGGCAUCGCUGGCUCCGAUGCUGCCAAAAACGCAGCCGACAUGAUCCUCUUGGAUGACAACUUCGCCUCCAUUGUGACGGGCGUGGAACAGGGCCGGCUGAUCUUUGAUAACCUGAAGAAGUCCAUCGCUUACACACUGACCAAGAACAUCCCAGAGCUGACACCCUACCUCAUUUACAUCACAGUCAGCGUUCCCCUACCCCUUGGGUGCAUCACCAUCCUCUUCAUAGAACUCUGCACCGACAUAUUCCCAUCGGUGUCUCUGGCCUACGAGAAGGCUGAGAGUGACAUCAUGCACUUGCGGCCCCGGAACCCAAGGCGUGACCGACUAGUGAAUGAACCCCUGGCUGCCUACUCCUAUUUUCAGAUUGGUGCCAUCCAGUCAUUUGCUGGCUUCGCCGACUACUUCACAGCCAUGGCCCAGGAGGGCUGGUUUCCACUGUUGUGUGUGGGGCUGCGGCCACAGUGGGAGAACCACCACCUACAAGACCUACAGGACAGCUACGGCCAGGAGUGGACAUUCGGGCAGCGUCUCUACCAGCAGUAUACCUGCUACACCGUGUUUUUCAUCAGCAUUGAGAUGUGCCAGAUAGCUGACGUCCUCAUCCGCAAGACGCGCCGCCUGUCUGCUUUCCAGCAGGGCUUCUUCAGGAACAAGAUCCUGGUGACCGCCAUCGUGUUCCAGGUCUGCAUUGGCUGUUUCCUGUGCUACUGCCCCGGAAUGCCCAACAUCUUCAACUUCAUGCCCAUUCGGUUCCAGUGGUGGCUCGUCCCCCUGCCCUUUGGCCUCCUCAUCUUCGUCUAUGAUGAGCUGCGGAAACUUGGAGUUCGCUGUUGCCCAGGGAGCUGGUGGGACCAGGAGCUCUAUUAUUAG